AGGAUGUAAAGCUGACAAAAACAGUGAGAUGAGCAGCUCAACUCUAACUAAAGAGCUACACAACCCCAUCCCCCUCUCAACUUUUAUACACCACCAUUGAUCGAUCAGACUCACGGUGAUCAUAUUUUUACAAAUUUAUACAUAUCAAGGUGUGUUCUAGCACUUCAACAACAAAAGAUAUCAGAUCUAAUCGCAUGGGAAUAGCAAAUUUAGAGUUUCUGCAGGCAAAGAAAGAUUCAUCCUCGUCAGAAGGGAGUGACUUCUGCCGGAUCUGCCACUGCGGUGCCGAGGUCGAGGAGCUCAUUUCACCCUGUCACUGUAGUGGUAGCUUGGGGUUCAUUCAUCAGACAUGUUUACAAGAAUGGCUCGGUAGCACAAACAAGAAAGUUUGCGAACUUUGCCGAUAUGAGUUCAAACUGCACGCAACCCUUCGUCCUCUAAACAAAUGGAGGUUGCUAUCACUUUCUCGGUACGAAAGGAGAAAGAUAGUGUGUUCAGUGACAUUUCACCUCCUAGCUAUAACUUGUGUUGUGUGGAGCAUCUGGGUGCUCCUUCAGCGCUUAAUUCAGGAGGCUGGUCACUCAGAAUUGGGCUGGGCAUUCUGGACUAAAGUAGUUGUAGUUAUUAUUGGAUUCAUCGGGGGACUCUCCUUUGUCUUCGCACAGGUUAAAAUGUACUAUAACCUUAUAAAAAGGUGGCGCUCUUUCAACAAGAUAAUCCUAGUGGUCGACAAGUCAGAACCAGAAGACGAUGACAUUGCAGAUCACCGAGCCAGCUCAACUCAAAAUACCUCUCAACCCCCAGUUUUUAUUGUCUAGACUGAGUUUUAAAAACAAGCCGUUUAAUUGAUCUCGUGCAUUAAACAGUCGCAAGUUACAAAACAAGAUCGAACAAAUAUUACAACAAAGUACAAACCGUGCUAAUAAACUCAAUAACAAAGAUCAUGAUAGUGGUGAAUAUGGUAGUUAUCUGAGAAGGGCUGAUCAGGUCAUAAGCUGACGAGGAUCCCGAAUCAAAGAGUUGAACUCUUGAACGGUUACUUAUGAAAUACUUUAUCGCGUGCCUUAUAUCUGAUCAUGGUCUAUUUUAUUUUAUUUUCAUACGUCAGUUCGAAGAGCAAAUCAAAAGUCAGAUGCUCGUUUUUAGAGCUGAAAAAUUGAAAAUUAUUGGCGUCGAUUUUUUUCUAUUUCUCGUAUUUGUCGAGAUACAAUUUUCGACUGAUUUGAAGAUUUAAUGGCAAGUCGAUUUAUAUCCAAGCUCGAAGUUGAGCCAAUUUUUAUGUUUUUGCUGUGUUAAAAUCCUUUUCAUAUACAAUGCUUAUUUGACAAUUCUAU